CCUCUCUCUCCCAAUCCCAAAUAUCUCUUGCACUUGCUUCUCCCUUCACUCACGCCACGACAAAAUCUGCUUCGCAAGUCAGAUAGAGAGCAGCACGCCGUAGCGCAGACGCACUAAUCGACUGCACCUUAUCCAUCAAGUUCGACGCGAAAGUAGAAGAUGUCGGGCCUAGACGUAGAGGCGUUGCUUGACGCCACCGCGAAAAGCUCAACCGAAACCAAGACACACGAUGUCGACGAACGUCCUAAUGGCGACCGCCCCGAGCGCAAGGAGCGUGAUCGCGGCCGCGAUGGGAGCCGUGACAGAGACUACGAGAGGCGUCGCCGAGACCGCGAGCGCCGCGACCGGAGCACGACACGAAGCCGUCGCGGAACCCCGGACGACGUCAAGGCAUCCACCCCUCGGAGCGACGCUGGUAGCCACAAGAGUAGGCGGAGAAGCAGAAGCCGCGAUGAUGACCGCCGUCACUCACGUCGUCACAGAGGAGAUGGUGAUUACUACAGAGGCGGACGAGCCCGCUCCCGCUCUCGCUCGCCCCACCGCUCUUACCGCUCAUCCCGCGAUGACUAUCGCGAACGCCGCGACCGCUCCGAUCGCUACUCUGGGGACCAUCGCCGGGCAAGGGAUGAUGAUCGUCCCGAGACUUCUUCCAAGCGUGAGGCUACACCACAACUUACUGAAGAUGAACGGGAUCGCCGCACUGUUUUUGUCCAGCAGCUCGCCGCCCGUCUUCGCACACGCGACCUGAAGGCGUUUUUCGAAAAGGUCGGCCCUGUCACCGAGGCCCAGAUUGUCAAGGAUCGCAUCAGCCAAAGAUCCAAGGGAGUCGGUUACGUUGAAUUCAAGAACGAGGACUCUGUCACCCAAGCGCUUCAACUUACCGGGCAGAAAUUGUUAGGUAUCCCUAUCAUUGUUCAGAUGACGGAGGCCGAAAAGAACCGACAGGUUCGCACCACCGAAACAACAAGCGCCCACCCCAACUCGAUCCCCUUCCACCGGCUUUAUGUUGGCAACAUUCACUUCAAUGUCACCGAGCAGGAUUUGCAGGCCGUCUUUGAACCCUUCGGCGAGCUUGAGUUCGUCCAGCUCCAGAAAGAUGACAAUGGACGCAGCCGAGGCUAUGGCUUCGUACAAUAUCGCGAAGCCAGCCAAGCCAGGGAGGCCCUUGAGAAGAUGAACGGAUUUGAUCUUGCCGGUCGCCCGAUUCGCGUUGGCCUCGGAAACGAUAAGUUUACCCCUGAGAGCACUGCCAACAUAUUGCAGAGAUUUCCUGGUCAAAACCCACAGUUUCAGGGCUCUGCAUUCUCUGGCGCGGGCGGUCGCGGCCCCCAGACGUCGGCAUUCGACCGUGCCGGUGGACGAGACAGCGAGAAGUCUGGCGGCGCUAGUGCACUCGACGACACCGACGUCGCAGGCGUCAACUUUAACAACUACAGCCGUGAUGCCCUGAUGAGAAAGCUUGCCAGGACUGAUGAUGCUUCCAACGGAGUAGAUGAGCGACAGGUGCUGAAGCCCAAGACCGAGACCAAGCCACUUCCCGUCAACGUCAAUAUGGCCAGCCGAUGCGUUGUCCUGCACAACAUGUUCGACCCAGAAGAGGAAGAAGGCGACGAAUGGGUCAAGGAAUUGGAGGAUGACGUACGGCAAGAAGCCGAAACCAAGUACGGCCGUGUCGUCCACAUCUCGGUCGACCCGAACUCCAAGGGCGAUAUUUACCUCAAGUUCGACAAGGUCCAGGGCGGCGAGAACGCCAUCAGAGGUCUCAACGGCCGCUACUUCGGAGGCAGGAUGAUCGACGCGUCGCCUGUUGUAGAUGCCGUCUACAGCAGUUUGUUCUCUCGCACACGAGCGAUCUGAAAGCUAAUACAUGGCCUCGAGAAGCAUCGUCUAGGAUCCCCAUACAAGCCGAUGUCCUCCGUUUCCAUUCCGUUCUUUUAGGCGGAGGCUGCGACACGAGGGCUCGUGUUCCUUGUUCUUGGUUGUCAGUUGUCUAGCCGAGUCUUUGUCGCGACGGAGAACAAAGGUCUACCCCAACAACACUGGAGAGCGAAUCCACUCCACACUGAUUAUCUGCAGAAAACUUUUUUUUGAUCGCACAUGCCAAUCAUUUCUGGCUGAUACUUUGUACCUUAGGUUGUUUCCUUUUAACGCCCCCCUCCUUUUACAUGCGGAGCGCGUAUGACAGGUUGCCAAAAACGGUGUCUGGGUAAGGAACAAGGAAACUGUAGUUCAUGAAAGCUAGCCUACUUAGGUAUUGAAACUGUUCUUAGUAUACGUUGUGCCACUGGUAAGCUAGCUGGCUUUGCCUAUCAAACUGCCUGGCCUUCUGUUUAUUUUAUUAUUAUCAUA